GGCAUCGGUGGGAUCCAGAGGUUGACGAGACCAAGGGCUGCUCAUUUUAGUGCCAUCUAUGCUAUCUGAUUUUCCAUGAAACUUGAAGGAUCCUCAUUACAAUGGGGGCCAGAUCGCUGAAGAGGAGGCCUAUCAAGCAGCAUAACCUUGAACCUCAGACUUCCAUGGCUUCUUCGCGGCGUAAGAUUGUUUCUCAUAGAAAGAUCUCUGUGCUUCUUUUGGCUUCUCUAACCAUUGCUGUCAUUGGUCUCUACGUCAUUUGGCCGAACAGUUGGCACAACUUUGAAUCUGGUCUAUCGUAUGAGAUGGUUAGUGUGGUCAACGAAUUUCCUCACGACUCUGACGCCUUCACUCAGGGCCUUCUUUAUGCUGAAAAUGAUACCUUGUUUGAGUCGACUGGUCUUUAUGGGAAGUCAUCUGUCCGGAAAGUUACUCUUCAUACUGGGCAGGUUGAGGUUCUUCAAAAGAUGGAUGACUCUUUGUUUGGGGAAGGCUUAACUCUUAUUGGUAAAAGGAUGGAGACUUCACAUGGCACCGUUGGAAGCUUCAAGCCACUAUCUUGGUUAGCAUGGAACAGCCAGAGGGUAAUAGAAGAAGAAUUAAUAGUUGGAACCGUCAUAGUAACAAGGCUGUACCAAGUGACCUGGUUGCAGACAACUGGUUUCAUAUAUGAUCGGGAUAAUUUAAGCAAAUUACAGCAAUUCAUUCAUGAGAUGAAAGAUGGUUGGGGUCUGGCGACUGAUGGAAAAGUCUUGUAUGGAAGUGAUGGCAGUUCAACAUUGUAUCAUAUCGAUCCUCAUACAUUUAAAGUUAUAUCUAAACAAGUUGUCCACUUCAAAGGCCAUCAAGUACACAAUCUCAAUGAAUUGGAGUUUAUAAAUGGUGAAAUUUGGGCCAAUGUAUAUAUGACUGAUUGCAUAGCAAAAAUCUCUCCUAAGGAUGGAAGUGUUCUUGGAUGGAUUCUCCUCCCAAAUUUGAGGCAAGAAUUGAUUGCAGCUGGGAAUAAUGGUAUUGAUGUUUUGAAUGGCAUAGCAUGGGAUAGUGAACAAAAGAGAGUUUUUGUUACCGGGAAACUAUGGCCGAAGCUUUAUGAAGUCAAGCUUCUUCCCGUAAAGAGAUCAUUCGAGGAGGGGGUUAUUGAGCAGCUUUGCAUGCGCAAGCCUUUCAGGGAAGCUAAUGAGUGCGUCAAUUGGCUUGCCAAAGCAGCCCAUGGUCUCGAGAGGUUAGUGGAGGUAGAUAACCAUAGCAGCCAGAGUGCUCUGCUUUUGUUUGCUAUUGUAAGUCCCAAACCCCCCCCCCCCAAAAAAAAAAACAAAAGGAAAAAGCCUUUCAUUCGGGGGAAAAAGAUAGUAAUGGUAUUGUAACACGGCAACCUCGAAAACAUCAUCUAGUAAUGGAGAUUGCAUGCAGCCUCACGAGUGUCUUUUGGUACUGAGAACGAUUUUUCCAUUUAGAAUUAAUCACAUUAGCUUGUGUUAAAUUUCAGUGAAA